UUGGCCAUUUCCGGCACGAGAAGGCGUGUCUGGCGGUGCGAAGAUGUUUUAUAGUCGCUUGUGCAUUCCACGUUGUGGUUGGGCCAAAUUACAGAGGGAGUGAGGUAGAAUUAGAAUUGAAUAAAUAAGUGCCUUUGCUUUGCGCUUUAGUUGACCACAGGGUGAGGGUGGGAGUUGAGUAUUGUUUUUGUUUUUGUUUGUUUUCCAUGAGGGGUUCAGCCUUAUCGCUUGUUUUUUGCUUGCGUUUUUGUGUAUAUCGGCUGUAUUCGGUGGGCGCCAUUUAGGUCGGUUUGUUUCAUACCUGCUCCUCUCCUUGGAUCUGUUUGUACUAUAAGAUGGCUUUGUGUUGAUCAUGUCUGUUUUGAGAGGGGAAACUAUGGAAAUGAAAGUGAAAGGAUGAUGAUGUGAAAGGGAAGGGAUUGCGAAUUUGCAGGGUUGUUGCUGGUUUUGAGGUUGAGGUUGAGGUUCUGGUUUGGAAGUAAGAAGAUAGUUUGUUUGAUCCGAUGCGAACGAGGAAGGGAACAUGUUAUACAUCGCCGACGGGAGGGUGUCGGCGGGAUUUGAAACGUGGACGUGAGGGUGCUACAGAAUGCAGCGGGAGUAAGCGUCAAGUGCGAAUGAAUCACUUGGAUGCCCUGCCUGAUGAUUUGUUGUUGUCCAUUCUGGUCAAGCUCAGUUCUUCCGCCGGACGGCCGGCGGACCUGAUCAGCGCCCUUAUUGCAUGCAAGAGGUUCAAUGAGGUCGGAAUGCAGCCGAUGGUGCUGCAGAAUGCUUCGACGCCUGUGUUUGCCAUGGAAGCAUCUCGCUGGUCGGAUGGGUCGCAUCGAUUUUUGAAAAAAUGCGCGGACGCCGGAAACGUGGAGGCCUGCUAUACCCUUGGCAUGAUUCGCUUCUACUGCCUGCAAAACAGGGGCGGGGGAGCUUCGAUGAUGGCAAAGGCUGCCAUAUCUUCUCACGCGGCUGCAUUAUAUUCCCUGGCCAUAAUACAAUUCAACGGCAGCGGCGGAAGCAAGAAGGACAAGGAUCUCAAGGCAGGAGUAGCGCUUUGUGCAAGAGCGGCUUUUUUGGGGCACAUCGACGCUCUGAGAGAGCUAGGGCAUUGUCUGCAGGACGGCUAUGGAGUCGCAAAGAACGUUGCCGAAGGUAGGCGUUUUCUGGUCCAGGCAAAUGCUCGGGAACUAGCUUCUGUUUGCCCCAAAUCUCAGCAGAAAAGCUUCCGUUUCCAACCCUCAUCGUUGGAACCCUGGUUAAGGAACCUCCGCAGGAACACAACCUCGGAUCCGGUAGAUACAUUUUCGUCGCUCCAGGGCUGUCCGCUUCUCAGCGAUUUCGGAUGCAACGUUCCUCCGCCGGAGUCGCACCCUGCGGUUAAAUUCAUGGUGGAGUGGUUUAAUCUUCACCCGCCGGGCCCCGGCCUGAGACUGUGCUCCUAUGGCGGAUGUGGAAGGCCGGAAACAAGAAAACAUGAGUUCCGGCGGUGCUCUGUGUGCGGCACUGUGAACUACUGUUCAAGGGCUUGUCAGGCUCUGGACUGGAAAAUCCGGCAUAAAAAUGCCUGCAUGCCCGUGGACGACUGGCUCGAGGCCGACGAUGACGAUGAUGACGAAGAUUACAUCGAUGAAGAAUUUGUCUAAAACAAUCAUUUGCAGCAGCGCCAAUUUCUUCUGAAAUUGUCAGCGAUUUUGAAGUGUGUGAGUUUUUCACCAUUGUACAGCUUUGGAACGAGAUUGCUUUGUGUACAGUUUGAAGUAAAACUACGUUCGUAAGACACAAUUCAAGCAAGUAUUUUAACUGUUUGCUGGAAGUAUUUUUACUGUUUUGCUAACUUGUUAGCGUGAGAUGCAUUUCACACUGCAGUGAAAGCAAAGAAACGAAAGAGUCGUUUCAUUAGUUCGUACAGUCAAACCUUUCAAGACUGUCGAAACUAACCAAAGACUUCAUUCAUGCAAAAGUAAAUAUAGAUGCUUCUUUGACUGAGGAA